CCACACACGUUGACGAGGCAACGAGAUACGGCACCAAUACCAAUCUCUGACUCCUCCGGCCUCCGGCGGCCGGCGAGAGAGAUCCCACCCUCACCGACGACGGCGAGCGACCACCAUGUCCUCCUCCACCUUCAGCGGCGAUGAGACCGCCCCUUUCUUCGGCUUCCUCGGCGCCGCCUCCGCCCUCGUAUUCUCCUGCAUGGGCGCCGCCUACGGCACCGCCAAGAGCGGCGUGGGCGUGGCGUCCAUGGGGGUGAUGCGCCCGGAACUGGUGAUGAAGUCCAUCGUCCCCGUCGUCAUGGCCGGAGUGCUCGGUAUCUACGGCCUCAUCAUCGCCGUCAUCAUCUCCACCGGCAUCAACCCCAAGGCCAAGCCCUACUUCCUCUUCGACGGUUACGCCCACCUCUCCUCCGGUCUCGCCUGCGGCCUCGCCGGUCUCGCCGCCGGCAUGGCCAUCGGCAUCGUCGGCGACGCCGGAGUCAGGGCCAAUGCGCAGCAGCCAAAGUUGUUCGUGGGCAUGAUCCUCAUCCUUAUCUUUGCAGAAGCUCUUGCUCUGUAUGGCCUGAUUGUUGGUAUCAUCCUCUCGUCUCGUGCGGGCCAAUCUCGAGCGGAUUAGAGGGUUUUGGAAGAACAAGACACGGUUCACCAUUGUAUUCUAUUCCAAGUGUUAAUUUCUUCUUAUAGACUGCUUGGUCUUGUCUGUGUUUAUACUCAUUGUCUGUAUUCAAGCUAUUGUGGGUUGUUGUAUUUAUUAUUUGAAUUUUUGAAGUAAUAAUCGGUACCAGGCCGUCCGAGAUGUGAUUAAUAAUGAAUGAAUAAAUAAAUAAGCAAACAAACAAGCUAGACUUAGUUUUAAGUCUGUUCUGAUC